AUGGAAGAGAGCGAGCAAGACUAUGAUGAGGAUGACAUAUUCUAUACUGACACUGUCACUGUGGAAAAUGAGGCCACUUCAAAGUUGGAAGUUAGUGUGAACACAGUCAAUGUAGACAGGUGGAUUGUGCCACUUACAGUAAAUGGCACAGAGAUUCACAUGAAACUGGACACAGGAGCUAUGGCAAAUCUUAUCACUUUGAAAGACUUCAAAGCUCUGCGCCACAAGCCAGUCAUAGAAAACAAAAAAGUGGGAUUGAGAGCUUACAAUGGACAAAUGAUUGAAACACAGGGCGUAUGCAGGUUACAAGUACAGAACAAGAAUAUUAAGAGACAUUUGCCGUUUGUAAUAGUGCCAAAAGGGAAGGACUCCCUACUAGGGGAUCAAGCUUGUGAGGAAAUGGGACUUGUUAAGCGUGUUCUAAACAUUGCCAAGACAGAGAGAAAAGUACAGUCACUGCAGCUGAAAAAUGCAGGAGUCACCACAUCACAAGCAGACAACUGGGAAGUGCAGUAUCCCAACAUUUUUGAUGGCAUAGGAGUGCUGCCGUUCACAUACAGCAUUAAACUAAAGGAUAAUGCUAGACCUGUGGUGCAUGCUCCACGUCGAAUUCCUGUUCCGCUGAGACAAGAUCUUCGCAAAGAACUGGACAGAAUGGUGUCAUUAAAUGUCAUUCAACCUACAAAGGGAGCCACUGAGUGGGUCAACUCAAUGGUCUGCGUAAGAAAGCCAAAUGGAGCUCUCAGGAUAUGUAUGGACCCAAAAGACCUAAAUGAAAACAUUCUCAGAGAACAAUAUCAAAUUCCUAAGAGAGAAGAGAUCCUUAGUGAGAUGGCUGGGGCACAGUGGUUCACAAAGCUUGAUGCGUCACAUGGAUUUUGGCAGCUGCAAAUUGACAGUGCAAGUGCAGACCUAUGCACCUUCAACACGCCCUUUGGGCGCUACAGUUACCAGAGACUCCCCUUUGGAAUUUCCUCAGCACCAGAGAUUUUUCACUGUGCGAUGGAGAAUGUGUUUGAAGGACUGGAGGGGGUCAGGGUUUAUAUUGAUGAUGUCAUAAUAUGGGCGGAGACCCAAGAACAGCUCAACAGCAGAGUGCACAGUGCACUUCAGAGAGUACACAAGUAUGGGCUCAGAUUGAACAAGGAGAAAUGCCAGUUCAGUACACAAGACGUCACAUUUCUUGGGGAUCGACUGACACCAGCAGGAGUACAGCCGGACAUGAACAAAAUCAAAGCAGUGACUGACAUGCCCCAGCCAACGGACAAGAAGGCGGUACAAAGAGCAUUAGGGAUGGUGAACUACAUGGGAAGAUUCGUGCCUAAUCUUGCCGCAAAGACGGUUGCUCUUCGCCAGCUCCUGCAGUCAAAAACAGAGUGGUCCUGGCACCAGACACAUGACAAAGAGUGGAAAGAAAUCAAGGACAUUUUAAGCACAGAGCCAGUGUUGGCCUUUUUUGAUCCAAGUAAGAAGACGCGAAUCUCCACGGACGCUUCAAAAGAUGGACUGGGGGCCGUCUUGCUGCAGUAUCAUGAUGUGGCUUGGAAACCAGUGGCUUAUGCUGCACGAUCCAUGACAGAAACAGAGCAAAGAUAUGCACAGAUAGAGAAAGAGUGUCUGGGGCUCGUCUUUGGCUGUGACAAGUUCCACUCUUAUGUCUUUGGUUUGCCACACAUUGAACUGGAGACUGACCACAAGCCACUCAUAACUAUCAGCAAAAAGCACUUGAAUGAGAUGACACCACGCAUCCAGCGUAUGAUGAUGCGUCUACAGAAGUAUACCUAUGAACUGUCAUACAAGCCGGGAAAAUACCUGGUUGUGGCUGAUGCUCUGUCAAGGGCCAGCACAAGGCCUGCACACGGUAUGAACACAGAUGGCACAGAGGAAUAUGACGCCAUAAGAGGCCACGUGGAUGCUGUGGUGGAGGCUCUACCAGUGAGCUCUAGCCUGAAAGAAAAAAUAGUAAUGGAGACUGCAGUGGACAGCCAGCUACAGAAAGUGAUAUGGCACAUGCGAAAUGAGUGGCCAAAGCAAGCGUGCCCGCAGUACUACUCAUUCCAGGAUGUGUUGGCGGUAGCUGAUGGCCUGCUGCUGAAAGGUGACCAAAUAGUCAUCCCAACAAAGCUGCGGAAGGAGGUCCUCCGAAUAGUGCAUAAAGGGCACCUGGGGAUAGAGAAAACAAGGAGAUUAGCCAGACAGACUGUUUACUGGCCAGGCAUGAAUCGUGACAUAGCAGAAAUGAUCAAUGACUGUGCCACCUGCCUUACCUACCAUAACAGACAGCAAAGAGAACCGCUGCUCACAGACAUGGGGGCAGAGCACCCCUGGGAAAAAAUUGGGACAGACCUGUUCCAUUUCAGAGGGAAAGAGUAUCUACUGAUGAUCGACUACUACUCCAACUAUCCUGAGAUGGCUAUGCUCACGAGCACAACAACGAUGGGAGUAGUUAAGCAUAUGAAGUCCAGCUUUGCACGACAUGGCAUUCCAGGAACGGUUGUUUCUGACAAUGGGCCUCAGUAUGUCAGUCAGGAGUUCAAGCAGUUUGCCAGAGAGUAUGGAUUUGAACACGUCACAGUAAGCCCGCACUUCCCACAGGCAAAUGGCAAGGCGGAAAAGGGUGUUCAAAUAGUGAAAAGUCUUCUGACAAAGGCAACUGACAAUGGUGAGGAUCCUUAUUUGGCUCUGCUGGCUUAUAGAACAGCACCUCUGGCGUGCGGGAAAUCUCCGGCUGAACUGCUCAUGGGCAGACGACUGCAGACACUGAUCCCAACAGUGAAGAAACAAGUCUCCACACCUGUGCUGGAGUCCAUGAAAAAACUAAAGGAAAAACAAAAGAGAUACUUUGAUCGCACAGCAAAAGCAAUGCAACCUCUGCAGGCGGGCGACAGAGUCAGAGUUUUCAACACGGAAAGACAGGACUGGCAGCGCGCUGGAACAGUGCUGAAUGAAGUGGCUCCUAGGUCCUACGCAGUCCAGACGGACACCGGGGCUUUGGUCAGACGAAACAGGUCGCAGUUACUUAAAACACAGGCCAGCAAUGCAGUUGAGGAGCACAGGGACGAAUGUGCACAGCAUGAAACAGUAACAGACAAUCAAACAGAGGUUUUAGAGGAGAAUGCACCUGUCAUGACGGAGCCAGAGGCAGCUCCAGAGAGACGGUCAGAGCGCAUUAGAAAAGCCCCUGACAGACUUGAUUUAUAG